AUGACCACAGUGCACAAGCUUGCCCAAGUUGGGUUUGGAACGGGCACGAACGAGCUCUACGACCGGGCCCGUCCGUCGUACCCACCUGCUACUCUCGCCCACAUUCGCCAGUCCGUCAGGGGUUCCCCGCCCCUCAACGUGGUGGAGCUUGGCUCAGGCACCGGUAUCUUCACUCGCGCCCUUCUAGCUCAUCCAGACUGGGCAUCCUCGGUGAAGCAGCUGAAGGCGCUUGAGCCCAGCGAAGGCAUGCGAGAUGUCUUCACCAAAACGGUCGGCAAUGAGCACGUCUCGGUGUCCGACGGCACCUUCGACACUACCGGUGUUGAAGAUGGAUGGGCAGAUCUCGUCGUGAUCGCGCAGGCCUUUCACUGGUGCCCCGACUAUGAGAAAGCGAGCGCCGAGUUUGGACGCAUCUUGAAGCCGGACGGCAUAGUGGCCUUCAUCUGGAACCUCGAGGACAGGGAUGGCGCCGCGUGGGUCGCCCAGCUACGCGACCGCAUCGAGCAGCAUGAGAACGGCACGCCGCAAUUCCGUCUGAACCUCUGGGAGGCGACGUUCUCCACGCCGAGUUACCAGAAGUUCUUCGAGCCACCUGUGCGGGAGCGCUGGUCGUAUGCACUCCAGGGCACGCGCGACAUCGUUGUUAAUCGCGCCCUCAGCAAAUCCUACAUCGCGGUCCUUCCUCCGGACGAAAAGGAGAAAGUUGUGAAGGACAUUGAACAAAUAUUGGAGAAGAAGGAUGGCGUAAAAUGGGAGGACCAAGAGAAAGGCAUCUUUGAGUACCCGUAUUCGACGUUGGUGGUGAUCUCCAAAAGGAAGUAA